GGAUGACUGUGACGUUGAUGGUAUUUGGACUGAAGAAGGCGAUGAGGGCGGGAUGGACGAUGACAUUGCAGCAGCCUAUGAACAGUUUUUAAAGCUUGCUCCAAAUAAAAGCAAUGGUUAUACCAACGUUCAACAACGUGGUUUGGUUCGAAAAAAUUACUCUCUACUAUGCCAGGGUCUGAAGUGACUAUCGGAACACACGAUGGGUGCUUCCACUGUGACGAAGCGCUCGCAUGUUACAUGCUCAAGCUGCUACCUCGAUUCAAAAAUGCGUCUAUUGUUAGGACCCGAGAUCAAAAAAUUUUGGACACUUGUGAUAUUGUUGUUGAUGUAGGAGGCGUGUAUGAUCCAUCUACACAUCGCUAUGAUCAUCAUAUGAGGGAAUUCAAAGAAACUUUGAGUACUGUUAUAAAAAAUCGUGGUUACAAGAGUACUAUUAAACUGAGUAGCGCUGGCUUAAUCUAUUGUCAUUUUGGUGAUGAAAUUAUCAAAACACUAGUACCUGAAGUAACAGAUGACCAUGACCGGUCUAGUAUUUUCAAAAGAGUGUAUGAGACAUUCAUGCAAGAAGUAGAUGCCAUUGAUAAUGGAGUGCCAAUGUUUGAUGGGGAACCUUUGUAUUCUAUCAGUACGAAUUUGAGUAAGCGAGUGGCACGGUUGAAUCCACCUUGGAAUGGUCCUGAGCUGGAUGUUGACGGACAGUUUGAGAAAGCUGCAGCGCUUACUGGCGAAGAAUUCACCUACUUCGUUCAAUAUGCAGCUAGAGUUUGGUGGCCUGCUAGAUCAAUUGUGAAAGAUGCUAUUCUCAGGAGAUUUGAGAUCCAUCCAAGUGGAGAAAUUAUUGAAUUAUCUACUUCUCUACCUUGGAAGGAACAUCUAUACGAAUUGGAAGAGGAGCUAGGUGUGAAAGAGUUAAUCAAAUACGCUAUUUUUCAAAGCGGCAACUAUAGAGUACAAUGUGUACCUGUACAAUCUACAAGCUUCGUUUGCAGAAUGUUCUUACCAGAAGCAUGGGCAGGCAUGAGGGACGAAAAAUUAUGUGAUGUAUCCGGAAUUGCUGACUGUGUAUUUGUACAUAGUGUUCGAUUUAUUGGUGGCCAUAAAACCAGAGCAGGUGCAUUAGCAAUGGCUGUUAAGGCUCUCGAAAUAGGAAAAUCGAUCGAAAGCGGUCAUGCAGAAACGAAUCCGAAAUGACGAUAUAAACUGAAUACCGUUUCAUCACUUAUAUGCAAUUCGAACUCUAGCAAAUCAAACUAAAAAAUGGAUAAAUACACAGGUAUUCCGAAAAUUACCUAUUUUGUACAAGUCCUACGAAAGAUUUACAAGAUGUUGGUACUGGUUGUAAAAAGUGUUUUGCUGCUGAUGCGCAGUUCUUGAUGUAAUUUCAAUGAAAUUCAGCGUAGAUUCUACGUUAUUUUUAUUGGAUCGUUUUUGAAAACCUUGACAAAUAUUUUUUUAUUAAUUUAGUGGUUUUAGCCCAAAUUACACAAUCUAGAAUUGAGGAGCCUUUGAUUGCAGAGUUGUCCUAGCAUUCCGAAGGGGGAGGGGGGUAAAGAACCGAGUGAACACUGGAUUAGAUGUUUUAAAACAUAUUGCUCUUUAAUGAUUAUAUGAUUUUCAAUAAAACAUCGUUAUACA